AUGAGUCUGUGGGUGGAUUCUCUUCAAAAAGCUAAAAGGGAAGCUCAAGAUGCGCACAAGUUUCAUGCCCAUCUCUGUGAAAGUUUUCUUAGACAGCGAAGUAAGAUCACUUGGCCCCAAUUGGGGAAUGAAAAUUCUUCAUAUUUCCAUGCUAGCUUAAAGAAAAGGAUGGAAGAAAAUAGAAUCACUACUGAUAUAGAUAAUCAAGGAGCUAUUGUAGAUAAUUAUGCUUUUGUGGUUGAUCAUUUUCUGAGUCAUUUUAGAAGUUUUAUGUUAAGUUCUAGUUCUGCUUCUUCUAGUAUUCGGCUGGACUGUAUAGAGUUUGGUAACAAACUGGACUUUCAUCAACAGUUUUCUUUGAGUGAUGUCAAGAAAGCUCGCUUCAACAUUCAUACGGUACUUCCUUACUUGAUUGAUAGCAAUCAAGGUGCAUUCAUCAAACAUUGUUCUAUAGCACAUAAUGUUCUCAUCUUUCAAGCCCUCCUUAAAGGUUAUACUAGGAAGAAUAUUUAUUCUAGAUGUUUAUUGAAGAUAGAUCUUAGCAAGGCGUAUGACACUAUUGAUUGGGAUUUUUUGGCAGACUUUCUUAAAGCUCUUUGCUUCCCUUCUAAGUUCAUCAAUUGGAUUAUGGGUUCUAUUGAUUCUGUGAGGAUAGUGCAAAAAGCGUUUCAGGACUUCUGUGAUACCUCUGGUUCGGCUGCUAAUAAAAACAAGUCUCGUAUUUACAUUGGUGGUGUUGAUGAGACUACUAAGGAUACAAUGGAGGAUUCUGACAAAGAAAAAUGGCAAGAAGCCAUGAACCUGGAAAUAGAAUCAAUGCAUUCCAAUUCCGUCUGGACUCUUGAAGUUAUUCCUGAAAAUGUUAGAGCUAUUGGUUGUAAGUAG